CAGUCUCAGGGGACAGGAGGCCGAGGUGGCGGGCACGGGGGGCUAUGGCAGCGGCGCUGGAGCGCGCGCCUAGCUUUGAAUGAGGGGCGCUCGCGCUCGGAGAGGGAAGCGGCUCUGGGUGCGGCAGCGCGCGCCCCCCUCGGCUCGAGCUGCCUUGCGCCCUCCGGAGCCCCCUCCCUUCUGGGCAGGCAAAGUUUCUCGCCAUGGCCAUCACACAGUUCCGGCUCUUUAAAAUUUGUACUUGCCUGGCAGCAGUGCUGUCCUUCAUUAAGAGGUUAAUAUGCAGCAGGAGUGAGUGUUGUAAUCCAAGAGUGACAUUUCAAUUGGAAAAACCCUCAGGAUUUGUGCUGAGCCUGCGGGCCGUGUGGAAAUCCAGUGCACACAAGCUGGAAAAUGGGGAUGCACUUCCAUCACUUACAAUGCUCAUGUUCUCAGACCUUGGAGGAAUCCUACAUUUCUCUUUCAGGUCUGGAAGAGGACGAAAGUUAAGUGGAGACCAAAUAACUUUGCCAACUACAGUGGAUUAUUCAUCUGUUCCUAAACAGUCUGAAGUAGAAGAUUGGACUUCAUGGGAUGAAGAAGCACCAACCAGUGUGAAGAUUGACGGUGGUAAUGGGAAUGUAGCCACACAACAGAAUGCUUCAGAACAACUGGAGCCCGAUUAUUUUAAGGACAUGACGCCAACUAUAAGGAAAACACAGAAAAUUGUUAUUAAAAAAAGAGAACCUCUAAAUUUUGGGAUCCAAGAUGGAAAUGCAGGAUUUUCUAGUAGAUUAGCAGCUACACAAGAUAUUCCUUUUAUUCACCAGUCUCCUGAAUUGGGAGACCUGGAUACCUGGCAGGAAAACACUAAUGCCUGGGAAGAAGAGGAAGAUGCUGCCUGGCAGGCAGAAGAAGUUCUUAGGCAGCAGAAGAUAGCAGAAAGGGAAAAGAGAGCAGCAGAACAACAAAGGAAGAAAAUGGAGAAAGAGGCACAAAGGCUAAUGAAGAAAGAGCAGAACAAAAUUGGUGUAAAACUAUCCUAACACAAGCAGUUCUAGGAUGACUGUACCAGCAGGAAGGAGAAUUCCAAUUUUCCGACAUAAAGCAUCAUUUGUAUUGAUUUAAGUAUUUUUAGAACUCAACUCACUGCUUGAUUUUAAUGCAUUCUUCAGGCCAUCUUGGAAGCCAGAAUUCUUCCAUAAAGUAUCUUGAACUAUUAGUAGAUGGAUCUUAAAAAUAAAACACCGACCCUGCAAAUCAUACCUUGAUGGAACAAUGUUUUCUGCAAUAGCCCUAUCCCAGCACCCCCCUUAUACAAGAACAGUGAUUGCUGCAGUGACAGUUUGAUGAUGGGGACAUAAACUCUUAACAGAUGGUUGAAGCUUAAAGAAAAAAGGGUGUAAAUAAUUCAGUGGUGGGAAAUCUACUGUACCAUCUAUUAUGCUUAUCUGAAACAUGUAAUUAAAUAAUUUUAAAGAAUU